AUGCGUCCUUCAAAUCAGCAGCAAGGAAAGGACAAGAGCCGGAGGAAACUAAUUAUCGGCUCAAUUAUAAUCAUUUUAAUUGCUGCUGUAAUUAUCUACUUUUGGAGGCCAUUCCGCCGCUACGAAGCACAAUUCCCUUAUUUUUGGGCAAAUUCAUAUAAUAGAACAAUCAUAAACUACUUGAAUAAGAGACCUUCUAGACAAGUUCUUUACAUUACAGGACCUACACAAAGCGGAAAAUCAAGAUCAAUGAAUAUCGUCGCGCAAAAUUUGACAGAAAAAGGAAGAUUUGUUUUAAAUCUUGAUGGAGAAAACUUUUGGCCUCUUACCUCAUUAUCAGAUUGGAUGCAUACAGCAAUUUUACGUGGUUUAAUUGAAGUAAAGCCUUAUCUACCCAAAGACAGACUUUCUCAACUCUACGAAAAAAAGAAGAACCAACUUAACAACGCCAAACUCCCUGCGCUGCUUGAUCCACAAUUAGGACAAGUAUAUCAUUCACUUACAAGAAGUCUUUCCAACAUUCCAGAUAAGAACCACAUUUCCACCUUUGCAGUCUCUCAGUUCAUCGAUAAACUCGAGUAUUACAGGAAUUCUUUACAGCCAGUGAUCAUGAUUCACAAUUUUGACAAAUUAUACAACAACGCAACCCUCCCAUUAUACGAUGCGAUUCUUUCUAGGCUCGCACGCCGCAAUCUUUACUUAGAUCACGUUCCGAUUAUUUUGGAAGUCAGAGAUACCCUUUUCUUGAAGAAAUUUGGCGAUCUCUUACCAUUACUCGACAUCUGCUAUACAGAAGAAGUCCCUCCGCACCUUACAGAAGUCCUUUACCAAAAGAAAUAUUUCACAAAAUCCGAAUGGAGAAAAUUAUAUAAGAAUUUCGGUGGAAACAUGGGAUUAUUCCAGAAAGUGUACAAUGACUUAUUAUUUGGAACCAAUAUCGAUCAGGCAAUCAACAACAGAGUAAAUGAAGCUUUUGAGGUCAUUAAAAAUGAUGUUCCAAAGGAAACUUCUUCCCAAGCAAGGCAACUAUGCCGCAAUGAUCUGAUUACUUACUCACCAGACUUAGAUCCCUUGAUUCAAAAAGGAUAUUUGUUAUUAAAUAAGAACUCUACUGUUCAUGUUGGCAACAGAGCUAUUAAGAAAGCACUCUGUAUGAAGUAA